CCAGUGUGGGAGGUUUCCGGUUUUGUUCCGUGUAGCUCAGAAUGUAGCAGCUACAUGCUAGACGCUAGUUUAGAAAAAGUGGUUGUGUAAUUUGACAUUUCUGCUAUUAAUAGAAAUAUAGAGACUUCUGCAAGGUUAGGACCAUGCAGGAUAAGCUGUUACUUGGCGCGUUUAUUUGUCAAAAGCCGCUAUUCUUUAUUAAAUCGUAGUUUGUAAAUAGUACGGUGAGGUCGCAGGAGCUACGGAACAAGCGGCCCUGGACGAGUCCUCACCUUUCCUCUACUACAAAAUAAAAGAAACAUGCCAUCAAGAAACCACCUGGACAAAAUUGGCCGGAAGAAAAAGAAAAAAUGGACGGAGGAGGCCAUGGAGCGUGCUUUGAUAGAGGUAAAGUCGGGAAGGUGCACAGUCAGACAAGCUGCCAAGGAGUUUGGAGUCCCGAAAUCCUCACUCGGAGACCGAGUGAGUGGGAGAGUGACGCCGGGGAGUCGCAGCGGACCAGCUCAGCUCAUAACAUCUGCAGAUGAGCAGUUGCUGGUUGAAUUCUCCUUAUACAUGUCCAAGCAUGGAUUCCCACUUACAAAGCAGCAGGUGGUGUCCUUCGCAUCCUCAAUUUAUAAGCGGCAGCACAGACGGGUGGCGUUUUCCAAACUGGGUCAGACGUGGUGGCUUAAUUUUCGGAAACGACAAGAAAAGAAUAUUACCAUUCAGCCAGCUGACAGCAUUGUCCGUGGGAGGACAGUGUGUGUCAGGAAGGAGGCAGUGGAUCAGUUUUUUUGCCUGUUGAGUAGUGUCAUAGACACUCACAGGCUCAGAGACAAGCCCUACCAAAUUUACAACUGCCAUGAGCUGGGCUUUCAGCUGGGUAGGAAGAGGGUAAAUCUGCCCAAAUCUACCGGUUUGGGCUGCAAGCCAGCGCCAGGUUCAAGGGACCACAUAUCUGUCCUUGUUUGCUUUAGUGCAGCAGGAGAAGACAUUCCUCCAUUCAUCAUCUACUCCAAAGCCUAUCCAGGAGGGGUGUGUUACAAAACGGAAGGCCCACUAAACGCCCUCUACGGGUGGUCCGACUCAGGAUGCGUUACCUCCGACCUCUUUAAGAAAUGGUUUCUCAAACAUUUCCUCGUUCGGGCCCCCAAGGAGCGCCCGCUGGUGUUGAUUUUCGACGGUCACAAGUCGCCUGUAAACCUCGAGGUGGUGGAAUCCGCUCGCAAGGAGGACGUCGUACUUCUCUGCCUCCCGCCGUAUUGCUCCCACAUCCUGCAGCCGCUCGACGCUGGUUUGUUUGCGGCGCUAAAGCAGCGCUUUGCAGCACUCAUCGACGACGCCGGUGCUCCCAACACGCACUUCGCAGUGAGCAAAAAGGAGUUUUCGAGCGUGUUUAAAAGAACAUACCAGAUGACAAAAGAAGAGGAGGGUGUCAGAACUGUGAAGGAAGGAUUUAGUAAAUGUGGCAUCUACCCACUGAACCGUUUUGCCAUCAACGGGAGCCACUUGAUGCCAUCGCAUAGCAUGAGCUCUGAAGCCCCGCCGUCUGUGUGAACGCACUGCAGCUGGCCCUUCAACUAUUAUUCCAUCUCUGAGUGAAACAAUCUGGAUGAUUUUUACCUAAACUAAGUCAUUUGCGACUUGUUCUGUGGUUUAAUAAUGCAGCACUCUUUCAGCCCCUCUACAAGGACAUCUCUGCACAAACUUAAGUUUUUCUAAGAAUUGUUCCAGUUUCAGUUCAAAUGAAAAGGAUGAUUCCAAUGCAGGCAAAACUGUUUUGCAUGAGAAACAUUUGCAAUAAACAUCUUAAAAAUA